AUGGAUUGUUUUGUCAUUUAUUAUCGAUUUUCUCAUUCAUUGUGUUUACUAUUCAUUCAUUCAUUCAUUCAUUCAUUGAUUUCAGUGAUUGUGAGUAAAAACUUUAAAUACUUUGUUUUGACCACAAAUUAUUGACUUCAUUGUCAAACCCGACGGUUCACUGACCACUACAAACACAUUAUGGGAGCACUGCUCAGUAUUUUUACUGUUGGCCAGUUGGCCUGUUGUUGUUCAUCGGCCGCAUGCGGUCUAUUCGGUUGUUGUCCGUCGUGUCGCAACUCGACGGCCGCCCGAAUAAUGUACGCUUUGAUGCUAUUGUUGUCGACAAUCGUCGGUUGGCUAAUGACGACAACAUGGAUGCAGCAGAAGAUGAUGAGUAUGCCGUUCUGUGGCAGUCAUAGUAAUGACAGUCCGAAUGUGUGCGAGAAUGCCGUCGGCUAUCUGGCAGUCUAUCGAGUGAUGUUUGCGUUGACUAUGUUUUUCAUUGUCUUCUGCUUUAUGAUGAUUGGCGUCAAGUCUUCACGCGAUGGAAGAGCUGCCAUUCAGAAUGGUUUUUGGGGCAUUAAGUAUCUACUGUUAAUUGGUCUAAUAGUGGGCGCAUUUUUUAUACCUGAAGAAAGUUCAUUUGGAGACGUUUGGAAGGUGUUUGGACUCAUCGGUGGUUUCUUAUUCAUAUUGAUUCAGUUGAUUCUGAUUAUAGACUUUGCUCACAGUUGGGCUGAGAAAUGGGUCGAACAGUUGGAAGAGACCGGAUCCAAGUGGUAUUACUUCGGAUUGGUAUUCUUUACAAUUGUCAACUAUUUGGCAGCACUGACAGCCAUUGUCUUGUUUUACGUGUAUUACACCCAAUCAAGUGGUUGUGCUCUUCACAAGUUUUACAUAUCGUUUAAUCUAAUACUUUGUGUAGUUAUGUCUGUUUUGUCGAUUCUGCCCAAAGUUCAGGACCAUCAGCCGCGCUCUGGCCUACUUCAGUCGUCACUGAUAUCGCUAUACAUUUCAUACCUGACUUGGUCUGCAAUGAACAACAAUGUGGAUAAUGAUUGCAAGCCAUCAUUUUUCGUACACCAGGAUAAAGGAUCAUUUGAUUCAUCAUCUUUGGUAUCUUUGGGCCUAUUCUUUGCGUGCGUUCUUUACUCGAGUAUUAGGACGUCGACCAAUACUCAGGCCAGUAAACUCACCGGAGCUGAUCAGAUACUGAUGAAAGAUAACGGCGCCUCAGGAGGCGGAUCUACUUCUCAACUGACAUCAAAUGAAGGUGGAGAGGAUGGUGGUAUCACUGGUGAUAAACGAACCAAUUCGUGGGACAAUGAAGAAGAUGCUGUUUCCUACAGUUGGUCUUUCUUUCACUUUAUGUUUGCUUUGGCCACACUCUACGUUAUGAUGACUCUUACCAAUUGGUAUAAUCCUGAGAGACACACCAAGAAUUUUAGCGAAAGUGUUGGCUCGAUGUGGGUUAAGAUAGUUUCGUCGUGGGUUUGCUGUUUGCUCUACACGUGGACACUUGUGGCACCCAUACUACUACCCGAUCGGGAUUUUGCAUAAAUCUAUUGCACUUAUAUUCCAACAAAAUUAACAUAUUUUAUAAUCUUUUAUUUAUUAUUCCAAUUGAUUACUAUAUGAUUGAUGUUAUUCAAGUCACUUAUUUUAGUUUUUUAGCUAUAGCUAUACACUUAUAAAUUAUUAUUUUUAUUAUA